GCGCACACGCACGCACGCACACACACAGCAUUAUCACCCCUCCUCCUCCUGCUGCAGCUCGGAUCUCUCCGGCCUCCACACACCGCAGGGGUUGGUAAAAAUCACUCUCGAUCAAAAGAAGAAAAAAACAUCUGCGAAGAGAAAACUGCUGGUGCGAUGUGAGUUGUUUCUGCAGGGGGAAACGAGAGGAGAAAAACAAAACUAAAAAAAAAAGAAGAAGAAGACCUGUUGAAGAGAAUGAAUUACGCCAAAGCGCAAAUGUCGAGCUUUUCUGAGGAGGGGACUUUGGCUGGCUGUCCACAGCCCAGUCCUGCAGGGGUGAAGCUGGAGGCGGUGAUGGAUCAGCUGAAGAGGGAACAGGAGGAGAAACAUCUCCUCCAAGCCCAGCUCCUGUUCACCCAGCAGGCAGCGGCGGUGGCGGCGGCGGCCAGGGCGUCCGGCUCCAGGGCGGACGGAGUGAUUUUUCAAGCCGCACAGCAACACCUGAGCAGAAUGGACCUGAAAGUGGAGGACUCGGAUCAGGGGGUGGAAGAGAUGCUGGAGCCUGAGGAGGGAGGUGAUGAUGUUGAUGACGAUGAGGAGGAGGGAGACGAGCAUGGGCCUCCUUUUCAAGCAAAGAAGCUGGACGUCCAACAGGUUUCCCGCUUUCAGCCCUUUGGUACGUCUCUGCCAGCCUGUGAGCCCGAGUCUCCACAGAUGAAGCAGGAGGAGAAGAGCCUGUCCUCUCCUGCAGGUCCGACCACCUUCACGUCACCUAACGGCUUUGCUGACUGGAGCUACGAUGAGCUCUUCAGACAGAGAGGAGGAGCAGGAGCAGGAGGAGGCAUCUGGGCCGAGGAGAAUGAAGGAGGGAAAGCGAAAGGAGAGCCAUCGAGAGAUUUUGCCAAGCUCUAUGAACUGGACAGUGACCCCCAACGAAAGGAGUUUCUUGAUGAACUCUUUGUCUUCAUGCAGAAACGAGGAACUCCAGUGAACCGCAUUCCCAUCAUGGCCAAGCAGGUGUUGGACUUGUACCGACUGUAUAAACUGGUAACAGAGAAGGGAGGACUGGUGGAGGUUAUUAACAAGAAGAUUUGGAGGGAGAUCACCAAGGGUCUCAAUCUGCCCACCUCCAUCACCAGCGCUGCCUUCACCCUCCGGACCCAGUAUAUGAAGUACCUGUACCCGUUUGAGUGUGACAAGAAAGGUCUGAGCUCUCCGGGUGAGCUGCAGGCGGCCAUUGAUAGCAACCGCCGAGAGGGUCGACGUCCCAGCUACACCACCAGCCUUUACCGCUACUCCCCGUCCCCGGGCUCCGCUCCACACGGCCUCCUGUCCUCCCCUCCGAUGCAGGCUGCCCCCAUCAUGCACAACGGCUUGAACACAUCCGCCAGUCCCAACUUAAAAAGACACACGGAUGAGCCGUCCACCCCUAUAAUGCCCAGGCUGCCUGUGGCUCUGGCUCUUGGCCAGCACCACCAUCAGCACCCCCAGCAGCACCACCAUCAGCACCACCAUCAGCACCCCCAGCAGCACCCCCAGCAGCAGCACCAGCAGCUUGCACAGGCUGCCACGUUGGAGCAUCUCAGAGAGCGGUUGGAUCGAGCGGCAGGAGGAGCGGCAGGAGGAGCAGCAGUCGACGGUCCGGAACGGAAGAUGAUGCGGUUUGCGGAGGAGCAGCAGCGCUUCAUGCAGCAGGCCCUUCAGCAGAACCUGCUGGCGAUGGCAUCUCACUUCAACCCCGUCAACCUCAAACUUAACAACGGCCAUGAAAAAAAGCAGGAUUUGUCCCUGAGCAUCUCUACUAACGGACCGGCCAGUAUCAGUGUUUCUGUGGAGGUCAAUGGUACCGUUUACUCAGGUACGCUCGUAGCCCAGAAACCAGCAGCACCGGUCUCGUCGCAGACCGUGACUCCGGCAGGAACCAGCGGUUUCAGCGCUCUCUCCUCCUCCUCCUCCCACAGUCCAUCACCCACAUCUUCCACUUCCUCAAAGGGACCAAAUUAAAAAGAAAUGUCACACUAAACUGUGUACGUCUCAGAAAAGAAAUGUAUAAACUUCAGGGAAAACGGUCUAAAACACAGGAUCUUCAUUUCUUUUCAGUAUUGACCUUUUUUACUCGCAGCAUCUGAGUGACUUUGAUAUAAUUUGUAUCAGGAAGACUUUGUUUUAUCUUGAAGUUGUCUCAUCUACUGUGGACUCAGAUCAGUUGACUCUAGUGCCUGUUAGGAACAUAAAAGCAUUAAGACUUUACAAGGGUUCUACCCAAGUGUCUUUAGAGUAGAAAAUGAUGAAAAUCCACUGUGGACUUCAUUUAAAAUUUAUCAUGUAGUUCUGCCUUUUUUUUGUAGUUGCCAAAGUGCAGCUAAUGAAGACCAAAACGCCUUAGCUCUGUCUCUUCGCUUCUGUCUUGAACUUUUCUGCUGAAACUCAUUUUCUCUUUUCUUGUCAAAACUAUUUUUCAUUGGUUUAUAUAUAUAUUUUUUUCUUAGCAGAUUUCAGGGAAUGUGCACAUCGUUAGUUUUCAUAAAAACAUAGAAGCAAAAACUAUAAUGUAGGUAGGUUUGAUUUUUUUAUACUGUGUUUUACUUUAUAAUUUUUUUAAUUUAAUCAUUAUGAAGUAAUUCUUAUGCUAAACCUUUAUAUCCGUCAGCUGUGAAAGUUGUUUGUGCAGGGAUCUUUAUAUGGAACUGAUGCAACGUUUACCUCACUUCCCGUGGCAGCAAGUUUCUCGGACCUUUCUGUAACUCCUAAUAUAUUGCUGUGUUAUAUUUGUAGAAGCGCAGAGAAUGUAUUGGUACUGACAAAUGAACACUGACACACUGCUACCUCAUUCCACUGUCAAAUAUGCAACACUGAAUGCAGCAUGUGUUCAUUUAGAUGUGUGCUAGGGGAAAAAAAAAGAAAUCUGUAUGCGGACAAUCAAAUAGACAUAUCUUUGCAAGAAAAAAAAAAAAAAAACAAAUAAGCCACUGUGAAUUUGACUGAUCCAAAAAUAUAUUAAUGUUCAACUCUG